AUGUCAGACACAGCGGGGGCCGCUGCGUACGUCCCUCUCUCACAAGGCUUCGGCUAUGGCAUUAUCCUCGGUCUGGGAUUCGCCUUCGCCUUGGGCAUGAUCGGGACAACAUGGGCCCUCAAGCGAUAUCACGGAGAGGUCCAAACUUCGGAAGCUUUCUCCACCGCCGGUAGAACGGUCAAGUCUGGUCUCGUUGCCGCUGCUGUCGUCUCCAGUUGGACUUGGGCCGCUACUUUGCUUCAGUCGUCCGGCGUUGCCUAUUCUUAUGGCGUCUCUGGGCCGUUCUGGUAUGCGUCAGGAGCUACGGUGCAGAUUCUGCUUUUUGCUACAUUGGCCAUCGAACUCAAGCGCCGCGCUCCAAAUGCUCACACUUUCCUCGAAGUCAUCAAGGCGAGAUAUGGAGUUGUCACUCACAUUGUCUUCCUGAUCUUUGGCUUGAUGACAAACAUCCUGGUUACGGCCAUGCUGUUGACCGGUGGCAGCGCAGUAGCCAGCUCUCUCUGUGGUGUUCCUACAGCGGCAGCCUGUUUCCUGCUUCCAGUUGGUGUGGUACUUUACACGAUGUUUGGAGGCAUCAAGGCGACGUUCCUGACGGACUAUGUGCACACGGUCAUCAUUCUCAUCAUCAUAUUCGUCUUUGCAUUCUCAGCGUAUGCUACAAAUGAAAAUGCAGGCUCUCCUGGCAAAGUCUGGGAGCUCCUCGUCGACGCGGCCAAACGACACCCAGUCCAUGGCAACCACGAAGGCAGCUAUUUGACCAUGCAAUCUCGAGAGGGAGCUAUCUUUUUCGUCAUCAAUAUCGUGGGCAACUUUGGGACCGUGUUCCUGGACAACGGCUAUUAUAACAAGGCAAUCGCAGCUUCCCCGGUCGACGCCUUGCCAGGAUAUGUCAUGGGAGGGUUGUCGUGGUUCGCCAUCCCAUGGCUCUGCGCCACGACAAUGGGCCUAGCGGCACUCGCUCUGGAGAGCAACCCGGUCUUCCCAACCUUCCCGAACCGCAUGACGCACGAGGAGGUCUCCGCGGGACUUGUGCUGCCGUAUGCGGCGGUUGCGCUCCUCGGGAAAGGGGGCGCGAGUGCAACACUCCUCCUCAUCUUCAUGGCCGUCACGUCGGCUUCGUCGGCAGAACUCAUUGCCGUCUCGUCGAUCUGGACGUACGACAUCUACCAGACGUACAUCAACCCCAAGGCCAGCGGCAAAUUCCUCAUCCGCAUGUCGCACGUGUCUUGCAUCGUGUACGCGAUCAUCCUGGCCGGGUUCUCGACGGGCCUGUUCUACGCCGGCGUGUCAAUGGGAUACCUGUAUCUGUUGAUGGGGUGCAUCAUUUCCAGCGCCGUCAUCCCCGCGACGCUCACGCUGAUGUGGAAGGGCCAGAACUGGCAGGCGGCGGCGGGCGCGCCGGUGCUCGGCUUCGCGUGUGCGCUCGUGGCCUGGCUCGUCACGGCCAAGAAGGAGUGCGGCGUGCUCAACGUCGACUGCACGGGGAGCAACAACCCCAUGCUCGCGGGGAACGUCACCGCCCUGCUCAGCCCGCUCAUCUUCGUCCCGCUGUUGACCUUUGCCUUUGGCCAGCAGAACUACGACUGGCAAAGCAUGAAGAACAUUCGCAAGGGCGACGACACCGAGAUCAUCCGCCGUGCGAGCGUCAGCGUCGAAAGCGACGUCGUCCCGACCGUCGAGUCCCCCAGGACUGAGACCGCCGAGGAAGAGGCCGCCGAACAGAAGAAGCUCAAGAAGGCUGCCGUCAUCGCGAGAAGUCUGACUGCCUUUAUGACCAUCGCUCUGUUGGUGUUGUGGCCCAUGCCGAUGUACGGGAGUGGAUACAUCUUCAGCAAGAAGUUCUUUACCGGUUGGGUCGUCGUUGGAAUUCUCUGGCUGUUCUGCAGCACGUUUGCCGUGGGCCUGUUCCCGCUGUGGCAGGGCCGAAAGACCAUGGCGCAUACGGUCAAGUCGAUCAUUCUGGACAUCUCCGGCAAGAAACACCCAGCUAGUAUUCACGGUCGCGUCAACGCCCUCGGGGACGAGGAGACUAGUGGAGUCGCCACGCCCGAAGAGAAGACCGCCGUCAAGACCGAAUAG